CGGCGGCGGCGGCAGAGUCUGACUGAACAACACUUCUAUCCUGACUGGAGUUGCGGCGUCUUCAUUUGGGUCUUUUUAGUUUAACUUAACACUCGUGUGGGGACCAAAAAGGAUUACAGAUGCAUUAAACGAUGGUUUUCAAAUAGUUAUUCAUGUAAUUCUGUUGAUCCGAAGGCUGUUUAUUCAGAAAAUCAGGCAGAAAUUAAGGACGACAGAGAUUGAGAGAUUCUCCACGAUGAGGCACAUUGCAGUUGUUUAUGGCAGCCUUUUAACUUUAACGCUGCUUGCUGACGGUGUGUUAAGCGGUGCCGAAUGCUCGUGUGGACGAAAUCACUUCACAUGUGCAGUCAGUGCGUUUGGAGAGUGUACAUGCAUCCCUGCACAGUGGCAGUGUGACGGCGACAACGACUGCGGUGAUCACAGCGACGAGGAUGGCUGCAUAUUGCCCACCUGCUCGCCGCUGGACUUUCACUGUGAUAAUGGGAAAUGUAUUCGUCGCUCAUGGUUGUGUGACGGAGACAACGAUUGUGAGGACGACUCGGAUGAACAGGACUGUCCUCCACGGGAAUGCGAGGAAGAUGAAUUUCACUGUCAGAAUGGAUAUUGUAUCCGGAGUCUUUGGCACUGUGAUGGAGAUAAUGACUGCGGUGAUAACAGUGAUGAACAGUGUGAUAAAAGGAAAUGUUCAGAUAAAGAGUUUCGCUGCUCAGAUGGCAGCUGUAUAGCAGAACAUUGGUACUGUGAUGGAGACACAGACUGCAAAGAUGGAACGGAUGAAGAGAACUGCCCGUCCGAAGUGAUGGCAGCCACAUGCAGCGUCGAGGAGUUUCAGUGCGCAUACGGCCGAUGUAUUCUGGACAUCUACCACUGUGAUGGAGACGAUGACUGUGGAGAUUGGUCCGAUGAAUCUGAUUGCUCCUCGCACCAGCCGUGCCGCUCGGCCGAGUUCAUGUGUAGCAGUGGAAUGUGUAUAAAUGCCGGUUGGAGGUGUGACGGAGAAUUCGACUGUGACGACCAAUCAGAUGAAAGAAACUGCAGUACAUCGAUGUGCAUGGCCGAUCAGUUCCGCUGUAUGUCGGGUCGAUGUGUGCGGUUGUCAUGGCGCUGUGAUGGUGAGGAUGAUUGUUCUGAUGACAGUGAUGAAGAGGGAUGUGAAAAGACAGAAACUCCUCCGUGUGCUGCGGAUCAGUUCUUGUGUGCGAACGGCCGCUGCAUCGGUCAGAGGAAGGUCUGUAAUGAUGUCAUUGACUGUGAAGAUGGAACUGAUGAACAUCCGCAUCAGGACUGCCGUUCCAAGUCUAGUGAGGAAAACUGUAAUGUGAACAAUGGAGGUUGUUCACAGAAGUGUCUUAUGUCACGAGGUUUGGUUCAAUGUACGUGUCAUACGGGCUACACGCUAGCACAGGACAGCAGGACAUGCCACGAUGUGGAUGAAUGUGCAGAUGAAGGUUAUUGUAGUCAGGGCUGUACUAACACUGAAGGAGGUUUCCAGUGCUGGUGUGUACAAGGCUACGAGUUGCGGCCAGACAAACGCAGCUGCAAGGCUUUGGGUCCAGAACCGGUUCUGUUAUUCGCGAACCGGAUUGAUAUUCGUCAGGUUCUGCCGCACCGCUCUGAGUACACGCUGUUACUGAAUAAUCUGGAGAAUGCCAUCGCACUGGACUUUCAUCACAACAGAGAGAUGGUGUACUGGUCUGAUGUAACACUGGACCGGAUUAUGAGGGCCAGUCUCAAUGGCAGCAAUGUGGAGGAGGUCGUGUCCACCGGUCUUGAAAGCCCAGGUGGUCUUGCCAUCGACUGGAUUCAUGAUAAGCUGUACUGGACCGACUCUGGCACUUCUCGUAUCGAAGUAUCGAACCUGGACGGCACGCACCGGAAAGUGCUUUUGUGGCAGAGCAUGGAGAAACCACGGGCCAUUGCUCUGCACCCUAUUGAAGGCAAGAUUUAUUGGACGGACUGGGGGAACAUGCCACGCAUCGAAUACGCCAACAUGGACGGGUCCGGUCGCAGAAUAAUAGCUGACACGCACCUGUUCUGGCCCAAUGGACUCACUAUAGACUACGCCAGUAACCGCAUGUACUGGGUUGAUGCCAAACAUCAUGUGAUUGAACGGGCCGAUCUGGACGGGAGGAACAGAAAAGCCGUCAUUAGCCAGGGUCUCCCUCAUCCGUUUGCCAUCACCGUGUUUGAGGAUAAUCUGUACUGGACAGACUGGCACACCAAGAGUAUCAACAGUGCAAACAAAUUUACUGGCAAGAACCAGGAGGUGAUCCGAAAUAAGCUGCAUUUCCCCAUGGACAUCCACACGCUGCACCCACAGAGACAACCUGCAGGAGGAAGAAAUCACUGUGGAAACAAUAAUGGGGGUUGCAGUCACCUGUGUCUGCCGAGCAAUAAGACCUUCACCUGCAUGUGUCCUACAGGAUUUAAGAGGGUGGACAAGUACAACUGUGCUGAGAGUCUUGACAAGUUCCUGCUUUUUGCCCGAAGGACGGACAUCCGACGAAUCAGCUUCGACACUGAAGAAAAGAUGGACGAUGUCAUUCCUCUGGCCGACGUCAGGAACGCUGUGGCUUUGGACUGGGACUCCAGCGAGCGUUACAUUUACUGGACUGAUGUCACCACAGACUCCAUCAACCGAGCAAAAUGGGAUGGAAGCAAACAGGAGGUUGUGGUGGACUCAAGUCUGGAAAGUCCCGCAGGUCUUGCAAUAGAUUGGCUUACACACAAACUCUACUGGACGGAUGCAGGCACGGAUCGGAUCGAAGUUUCAAACACAGAUGGAAGUAUGCGCACCGUGCUCAUUUGGGAAAAUCUCGACCGUCCCCGGGACAUCGUCGUUGACCCGAUCGGAGGAUUCAUGUACUGGACCGAUUGGGGUGCGAAUCCAAAGAUUGAGCGUGCAGGUAUGGACGCGUCUGACCGCACCGUUAUCAUCUCAACCAACCUGACCUGGCCUAACGGCUUAGCAAUCGACUAUCAGACAGAGAGACUCUACUGGGCCGAUGCCAGCGUCAAAACCAUUGAAUUUGGCAACUUUAAUGGAUCGGGCAGACAGGUGUUGAUUGGCAGUCAUCUGCCGCAUCCCUUUGGUUUGACUCUACAUGAAGACAGAAUUUACUGGACGGACUGGCAGUCCAAGAGCAUCCAAAGUGCAGACAAGCUCACGGGUUUAGAUCGAAAAACACUCGCUGAGAACCUGGAGAACCUCAUGGACAUACACAUGUUCCACCAUCAUCGAACUACAGUCCAGACGCCGUGUUCGGUGAAUAACGGAGGCUGCAGUCACUUGUGUCUUCUGUCACCUGCCCCUAAAUCCUCGAGCUGUGCCUGUCCCACCGGCAUCAACCUGCAGGCAGACGGGAAGACGUGCACUCACGGAAUGAACAGUUUCCUCAUCUUCGCUCGUCGGACAGAUAUCCGUAUGAUUUCUCUGGACAUACCUUACUUUGCUGACGUUGUCCUGUCAGUCAGUACGUCCAUGAAAAACACAAUUGCCAUCGGGGUGGAUUCUGUAGAAGGUAAAGUGUAUUGGUCAGACAGCACAUUAAAGAAGAUCAGCAGAAGCAAUAUUAAUGGUACAGAGCAUGAAGAAAUCGUCUCAAACGGUCUGGUAACCACUGACGGUCUGGCCGUGGAUUCGGUGGGAAGGAAGAUUUACUGGACGGACACCGGGACGAAUCGCAUCGAGGUGGCCAAUCUCGACGGCUCUAUGAGAAAAGUGCUUGUGUGGCAGAACCUGGACAGCCCGCGUGCUAUUGCUCUGUACCAUGAGAUGGGGUUCAUGUUCUGGACUGACUGGGGUGAACCUGCCAAGUUGGAGCGCUCGGCCAUGGACGGAUCGGAGCGUAUGGUACUGAUCAAUAAUAAUUUGGGCUGGCCGAAUGGACUGGCUAUAGACCGAGUGUCUUCUCAGCUGCUGUGGGCUGAUGCACAUACUGAGAGGAUUGAAACGUCAGAUCUGAGUGGUUUAAACCGCAGGACGCUGGUAUCUCCUGUUCAGCAUCCAUAUGGGCUGACACUGCUGGGACCUCACAUGUACUGGACAGACUGGCAGAGCAGAAGUAUUCACAGAGCUGAUAAAGACACCGGAGAAAAUGCCAUCAUCAUUCGCUCCAACCUACCUGGACUCAUGGACAUACAGGCUGUGGACCGCUCCAGACCUCUGGGCUUUAAUAAAUGUAGUCGGAGAAACGGCGGCUGUACUCACCUGUGUCUUCCUCGUCCUAAUGGGUCGUCCUGCGCGUGUCCCACCGGUAUCCUGCUGAAGAGUGACAGGAGGUCCUGCGAUCCCCUGCCGGAAACAUACCUGCUCUUUUCAAACCGUGUCAGCGUUCGAAGGAUCUCUCUGGACACGAACGACCACACAGACGUGCACGUCCCUGUACCCGAGUUACAUAAUGUCAUAUCACUGGAUUAUGACAGCGUGGAUGGGAAGCUGUACUACACAGAUGUAUCACUAGAUGUUAUCAGACGGGUAAAUUUAGAUGGCAGCAGCAUGGAGACUGUGAUCAGUCAGGGUCUGAAGACCACCGAUGGACUCGCUGUGGACUGGGUGGCUCGUAACAUGUACUGGACAGAUACGGGCCGUAACACUAUUGAAGUGGCUCAUUUAGAUGGCACAUCCCGGAAAGUUCUGGUGAACAACAGUCUGGAUGAACCGAGAGCUAUUGCUGUGUUCCCGAGCAAAGGGUUCUUGUUCUGGACAGAUUGGGGUCACAUCGCAAAGAUUGAGCGAGCUCAUCUGGACGGUUCUGACAGAAAGGUUCUCAUCAACACGGAUCUGGGCUGGCCGAACGGACUGACGCUGGACUACGGCACACGCAGGAUCUUCUGGGUGGACGCUCACCUGGACCGCAUUGAAAGCUCUGACUUGAACGGCAAACUGCGUCAGGUUCUGGUCAACCCUGUCUCACACCCGUUUGCUCUCACGCAGUUCAAACCGGUCUCCUCUCCAUUAACUCCUUUUUCCCGAAUCUCACAGCAAGACCGCUGGAUUUACUGGACGGACUGGCAGACCAAGUCAAUUCAGCGUGUAGAUAAGCACACAGGUCGUAGUAAAGAAACCGUGCUGGCUAAUGUAGAGGGUCUCAUGGACAUCAUAGUGGUGUCGCCACAACGUCAGACGGGUACGAAUUAUUGUGCUGUGAAUAACGGUGGUUGCACACAUCUGUGUCUGGCGAGGAGUAACAGUUUUGUAUGUGCGUGUCCAGAUGAACCUGACGGUCGGCCCUGUUCAACCAUCUCAGGUUACGUUCCAACUCCAUCUGAUAAGGGAACAGCAGCGACUCAAGCUCCUAACAAGCUGCCCAAGGGCCCUACCCAGAAAUCUGUUCAUCCAGUGGUCAAUUGCACAGAUUCGAGUCUUCGGGACUGUUUUCAAAACAACGUUGUGUCUGCACCACGAGAUGAUGGGCCUCAUAUCAGCUAUGUGAUUGGUGGAGCUUUGACGAUCUUAGCUAUUCUUAUACUGAUCAUAGCGUUUAUUAUUUAUAGACACAAAAAGUUAAAGUUUGCAGAUCCAGGAGUGAGUAACCUGACCUACAGUAACCCGUCAUAUAGGACCUCAACACAGGAGGUGAAAAUAGAGACCAGCGCCCAGAAACCAAUGAUAAACAACACACUGCGAUAUAAAAAAGAGGUCCAGGGUGUCGGGGACGGGGGUUACACUAAAGAGAAGAUCCGGAUCGUGGAAGGAGUUUGUCUGCUCUCAGGAGAAGAUCUUUACUGGGAAGAUUUAAGACAGCUGAAGAUGUGUCGGGGGGCGGGGCUUCACACCUGUAUACGUACAGAUACCGUAUCACUGCAGGCGAGCUCCGCCUCUCUGAACGACGGGGAGACCGAGCAACUCUUGCAGGGCGACCAAUCGGAGUGCUCGAGUCUCAACACCGCUCCCGCCGUUACGCCUCAACGUCACGGAGCGCAUCCCGACACCGGCUGGGUUCCCAACCGCAAAGCCUCCACUGAGAGCGAAGUGUGAAUAUGUACAUAACAUACAGACUUCUGAUAGACAUAAACUCUGUUGGAUGCUUAUUUACAGAUCUGUCCGGAUACGCCUGACCUUUAGAAAUAAACGUGCCAUACGUACUUUAAUAGAGACUAAACCACACAUACAGACUCAUGACGGAUGUCACAUACUGUACAUCAUCUCCUGAUCAUCAUAUUUUUAAUUUAUGAAAAAAGCUGAAGCCUGCUGGAGUCAAAGAACUGAAGAAAUAAACACUGACGGAUAUUUUGAGCCUUUUUGUACACAAGUGAAACGUUUGUCUUCGCUAAUGCAACGCUUAUUAUCAGUUCAGCAUCCAGCAGUCAUCUCUGUCAUCAUCAAACCUUUAUAUUUAUAAACUUUUGUACAUUUCAUUGGGUUUUAAUGUUUUUAUUGUUCGGUUUUAAGUCGUUUUUUAAAGUGUUUGGACUGUUAAAUGAUUCAGUGAUGUAUUGGAUUUUGUGAUGGUGCCAAAGGACAGAGUUUACACACACCUGAAGAAUCUGUGUUUUAUUUCUAAUAAACGAUGGUCCACAUUUCUAGAGCAUUACAGUAAUGUUGAAGUCAGUGUUUGGAUCUUUGUAAUGAUUCGGUGCAGGCGUUUCACAGUUAAAUAAAUGAAUGGACUCUGUACAGCACUUUACACAUACAUCCAUUGUCUUUAAAAUCAACCACUGACUGUGAGAAUCUCACAUCAACAACACAUCCGCUCAUAAUUCACUUCUACAUAUGUACAAACAUGUUUGCAUAGAGAUAAUGAAGUCUACUUUAAGUGCUGUUAGGAUUUGUCGAUGUUAAACAUUAUGGGGAGGCUUCCCGGACAGGGUUUAGAUUAAUCCAGGACUAGGAUUAGUUAUCUAAGUAGCUUUUACAAACAUACCUUACAAAAACAAUACUGGUGUGCAACUUCAGACAAAACAUUGUUAGUGAUAUAUUUUAAGAUGCGCCAGUCCAAGAUGUUUUCAUUUAAAGGGGACAUUUCAUGAAAAUCUGACCUUUUUUAUAGCAUGUUUAAGUGCUAUAAUUGGGUCCCCAGUGCUUGUUUAAACCUUGAAAAUGUAAAAAAGAUCAACCCAGUUAUUUAGUUUUGGUAAACCAUUCUCUGCAAGCAUGUCAAAAAAUAGCUCAUUGAAAUUUGUCUCCCCUUGUGAUGUCAGAAGGGGAUCUUAUAAUAAUAAUACCGCCCCAUAAUCUGAACUAGCCAACCACGGCACUGCUAUUUAGUGCGGAGAAAGAAAGAGAGAGAGAAAAUAAUUAAUAGCACAACUGAGAUUACAUUUCAACAAAACAUUAUGGUGAUCAGUGUUUGCAUUAGCAUCAGCUCAUUAUGGUGAUCAGUGUUUGCAUUAUCAUCAGCUCAUUAUGGUGAUCAGUGUUCGCAUAUAAUCAGAUCAUUAUGGUGAUCAGUGUUUGCAUAUAAUCAGCUCAUUAUGGUGAUCAGUGUUUGCAUAUCAUCAACUCAUUUGCAUUUUAAAGGACACAUCUAAAAACGUCACAUUUUUGCUCACACCUACAAAGUGGCAAUUUUAACAUCUUGUAAUAAAUUAUCUGUGGGGUAUUUUGAGCUAAAGUUUCACGUAGGUACACUGGGAACACCAAAGAUUUAUUUGACAUCUUAAAAUAGUCUUGAAAUGUCCCCUUUAAGACAUGCAUUUUAGUCUGGGACUAGACUUAAGCCCUGUCCGGGAGUUUUAAUAAAUCUGUCCUCGAAAUUGUAAUGCAAAAAAUAUUAUUUAUUGUUCUUCCCGUAUGCUGUUAAUAAUAAAAACAUGGUAUGUCUUGAUACUUGUUAAAAAUCUAAUUUUGGUAUGAGAAAAUAGACCUGCACAUGUUUUCCUGAGAUUCAGCCGAUCACAGCAUUAUUUUAAUUUUUUUGGAUGUAUAGAGUGAUGUCUUCAAAUGUUUGUUUUGUGUUAGAGAUUUGUGUGUUUGACUUCUCACAUGCAUGUUGAAGUUUAAAUAAUCCUCCAGGUUUAUGAUCUGCUGCUAUAACACAACACAGGUGUUUUAUUGCUCUGGACGGCUCAAGUCAACCAGAGUUUAGUACUGUUUAGUCUACAGUAGUUAACUUUUAACCGACCGCUCCUUUUUAUUCUUUCAGAAAAAAGAUUUUUGCAAUGGAGUAAACAACGGUUGAUUUAGUGUACAGGAUGUCUUUUGCAUUAAUUUGAUUGUUUUUAAUGAUAUAACCACUUCAGUCGUUUCUAGAGAACGAUAGGGUCGCUGCCAGUUAUUUAACAGAGUGCUUUAUUGUUCCAGAAAUAUCAGUCAUGUGUAUAACUGCUGUAAGUUAACUGAGAUAUUUAUAAUUUCUGUGUUUGGUUGUAAUUUGUAUGUAAAUAUGAAGAUGCUGUAUAUGUAGUUCACUUUUGCAAUACUAACCAGCUGUCUGACAGUGAUGUAUUCUGCUGUUUUUCUAUCUUUAAUAUAAAACCGCAUUUGCUUUUAAAUA